AUGUUAUUGCAUGGUGAAGAAGAGAAGUUUCGGCCUGCAGAUUUGUGUGCGGUUGUUGCAAUUCGAACCGGUGUAGUGUUUCACCAAAUAUUACUCACUGAUUCUCCCAGCACGUACGCGAUUCAGCUUAACCAGUCUCUGGACUUGGCCGGGGAAAGCCACGCGGCCUUCAAGAUGAAACCCGGCCACCAACUGCCUAUUGCUUUUUGA